GUAAGUCUGUUGCAGGGGCGGACUGACCAUUUGGAAACUCGGGCACUGCCCGAGGGCCCGGGGUCAGUAGGGGGCCCCAUGAGAUGCCCCUGGUACCUUUUUCAUAGGCUUUUUUGAGUUUGGGUAAGGACACAGGGGCCCCAUAAGUUGUCAGUCCGUCCCUGAUGGUAAGUCCGCCCCUGGUACUAACCUGUACAGUGUCUGUUCCUGACACAUUGAGAUUCUGCCAUUAUCUCUUAUGGUAAACGGAAGUUGUCAUGUGCACAUGGAAAUGCA